AUGGCUCGCAAGAAGAUCAUUAUCGAUACAGAUCCCGGCAUCGAUGACAUCCUCGCCCUGCUGCUGGCGCUGUCCGCCCAGCCAGAAGAGGUCGAGCUGCUGCUUAUCUCGUUGACAUUUGGCAACAUCGAGGUUAAGAGCUGUCUCCGUAAUGUGGUUUCCAUGUUUCACAUCCUCGAGCGUGAGAUCCAAUGGCGUCGCCAGAAUGGCCGCACUGAAGGGUUUGGCGCUAUGCGUGCCUUCCGUCCCGUUGUCGCCGUCGGUGCAGAGGAUCCGCUAGAGGACCAGAAGAUGCUGGCUGAUUACUUCCAUGGAACCGAUGGACUCGGCGGAAUCCAUGCUAGUCACCCCCACCUCACUCCUAGCCAGACUUGGGAGCACCUGUUCGACCCGGCCGUUGAUCCUCAAGGGAUCGAGACCGUCAAGACUGGCGCUGACCCGGAGGACCAUUCCUUCAUCCCAUCCAGGCUGCCUGCCCACAAGGAGAUCUUGCGGGUAUUGCGUGAGAAUGAGCCGAACACGGUGACUUUGGUCGCUGUCGGCCCACUCACCAACUUGGCUUUGGCGUCUGCCGAAGACCCCGAAACCUUCCUUCGGGUGAAGGAGGUUGUGGUCAUGGGUGGUGCAGUGAACGAGCCUGGCAAUGUCACCCCUGUCGGUGAAUUCAAUGCCUAUGCUGAUGCAUUCGCCGCCGCACGGGUAUUUGCCCUCACAUCGCCCAACCCCAACUCGACUCUGCCGCCUAGCAAGACCUCUCUGCUUCCACCAUACCCCGCCAAGCUGAGUCGUCAAUUGACCCUCCGCUUGUUCCCACUUGACAUCACUCUGCGACACAACCUCUCCCGGGGCGAGUUCCGCACAGCCGUAGCCCCCCUCGUCGAGGCCGGCUCUCCGUUGGCUGAAUGGGUCUCUGCUUUCAUGGCACACACUUUCCAGACUCUGGAAAGAUUGCACCCAGGCCAUGUCGGCGACGAUGCUGAACUCAGUCUGCACGAUCCGGUUUGCGUCUGGUACGCUCUGACAUGCGAGGACCCGCACUGGGCGCCCACGGCCACCUCUCCUGAGGAUAUCCGUAUCGAGACGACGGGCCAAUGGACCCGUGGUAUGUGCGUCGUUGACCGGCGUAACAGGCAUCCGAUUGAGGGCGACGAGGAGAGCGCGAGUGACCAUGGCCUUUGGUUGAGCCAGCGUGCCGGUAACCGUAUUUAUCGGAUGGACGAGUCGCCUGCGGAGAAGACGUUCGGAAGCAUCCUCAUCGAGAAGCUUUUCAGUUAA